UCAAACAUGCUACAUUGUCAAGUAGGAUUGUAAACUUCUGGUCCCUCUGCCCUUGCCACUCAGGUGCUGGAACACCGCGUUUGCCAGCAUGCACCACACUGGGUGCACUAAAAUUGUAGAUGCACUGCUGGGACCAAACCCAGACCUUCUGGCAUGAGUCACAAGCACUCUACCAUCUGAGAGGUACAGCCCCAGGCCUCCAAGACCCCAUCUCUAAAAGGAUUUUUUUUUUUUUAGAAUACUGGGAAUCUAAGGUCAUCUUGGACACUGGUGAUCAUUCCUGGGUAAAACUGGCACUAUGCGUGGCCUUGGGCAUCUGGCCAGUCAAAGAUUUGCUGCCCCUGAGAAGCAGGAGAAGGAGUGCACCCCCAGAUUGCCUGGCCCCCUGCUCUGGCUUGCUCUUUGCAUAGUGUUGGCUUUGCCUUUAUAGCCUCAGCCCAGACCGUUGCUCCUCAGAGAGACCCCAGAAUGCAGAAAGCACAUUCUUCCUGCCAUCGGGGCGCUACUGUGACUUCAGCAGCCUCUUUGGACUUGAGAGUGAGAAAUGUCACAUACAUUUUUUGUCAUGUCGUUAGGAUUAUUUCAGGAGCCCUGAAAGAGUCUCAGGGACACACGACGGUUCUGGGUUUUACUUUGACACUCUAGAGAGUUCUCUUUGCCCCUCAGGGAGACUGCCCUGGAUUAAAGCAGGCUUCUAGAGAGUGUGGACAUAAAGAAGUGACCAGACAGCUGGGCACAAGUGAUCUCUGGGAAAUGGGGUAACCUCAGCUCACAGAAAGUCAAAAAGCAGCCCCAGAAGGGCCCACAAGGAAUAGAGCCCAGCAGAACUGUAACCUACCAGAGCAGGGGUCCUCAACCUGUGACCCCUUUGGGGUCCCAUAUCAGAUAGAUAUCCAGCAUAGCAGGUACUUAGGAUUCAUAACUAGCAAAAUUAUAGUUAUGAAGUAGCAACAAAAUAAUUUUAUUGUUGGGAGUCACCGCAAGGCGAGGGUCACAACGUUAGGAAUGUUGAAUGUACAAGAGACUUGGUCAAGGGAGGCCUGCAGGGAUUCUAGGGAGCGUAGCUGGUAGGUCAGAGACAAGCAAGAGUCAGGGGCAGGGCCUGCAUUGCCUCCUCCACCUUAGGACAGCUGCUUUGCAAAAUUAUUUAUAUAUCUUCACUUUCCCAACAAGUGGGCCCAGUUCAUAGCAAGUUAAGAUGUAAUUUCUACCCCGGCCUGAUGGCACAAGCCUGUAAUUCCAGAGAUUCAGGAGGCCGAGGUAGGAGAAUGACAAUUCUAAGGCCUACCAACACCUAGAAAGUUCCAGAACCCCGCUAAUUCUUAAUCCUUCAGGCAAAUGAUAAGCAGUAACCCGAGGGUCCCACGUUGUUCUUGUUUGCUCCAUCACGAGCCUCUCACCCUGCAACAGGUGCAAGUGAGAUUCCCAAUCAUCUGGGGGGGUGGAGGCCGGAAGCCGCUGGGCCUUGAAAGCCGGCUGGGUUGGGCCGGGUGCAGAGGCCUAAGGAUGGACGACCCAUUGCAGGAACGCACGAGACGGCUGGUGACAGACUUCUUGACGUUCUGUGCUCGGGAGCCAGGUGUCCCCGAGUCACCGCCCACAUCGGUCGAGGCGGAAUUGCUGCGCUCUCUGGCAGCACGGAUGCAACGGCAGCACGAGGCUUUCUUCUCCACCUUCUUUGGCUACCAGGGCAACCGCGUGGAGCUGGUGAGACAGAUGGCGGAUGGGAUGUUCUCCGAUGGCCAAAACUUCAACUGGGGCCGCCUGGUGCUGCUCUUGACCUUCGCGGGGACGCUUCUGAAUCAAAACCAUAGCCAGGCGACCAGGCAGAAGACUGGUCUGAACAAUCAAACGCAAGUGACCCGAGACUGCCAUCUCAUAGUGGACUUACUGUGUAGUCGGCUCCUGAGACAGCGUCGCUUGUGGCUGGAGGCUCAUGACGGCUGGGAUGGCUUUUGCGAUUUCUUCAGGAGCCCCUUCCCAGUCAUUGUUUGGAGGAGAGUGCUCAUCAAGGCGUUUCUGUCCAGCAUCAUCGCGACGACCAUCCUGUAUAUCUGGAAAAAGUUUUAAGUUUUAAAAUUUUAAAAACGAUUUUACCUGCUUGACUGUGACCCGCUAAGGGACCGUUUUAGAUGGCCGGAGAAGAACUGAGGAAAUCCUCCUGCCUAGAGACAUUUUUACCUGCACGCUGCAUGGAGUCCUGGGGU